CUCUACCUUCACCACCACUUUCCCUCCUCCUCCUCCCCCGCAAUGGCCAGCCAAGACGCCGACCUCGCCGCCGAAGCGCAGCGCCGCCUGCCCUCGGACCAAGCGCCCCCGCUCGACAAGAUGCUGCAGCGCGAGCAGCGCGACUUUGACGACUGCCUGCCGUGUCGGACCAUGGGCGCAACCGCGUUCAUCGGCCUCGGCGUCUACUCCUACGUCUCCGGCCACCACCAGCUGCGCCAACAGCACGCCGCUCUCCAGGCCAGCAAGACGCUGUUCGGGCUCCGGGCGCGCAAGGCCAGCAUCACGGGCCUGUCGGCCGUGCUGGUCGGUAUGGGCGUGUAUCGCUUCGUUGCGUGAGCUGGGGAUUGUUGCGCCCAUUGCUUGAUGGUGCGUGGUGGGGAGAUGGUGUGAGCGGGUGGGUUCGUGGGUGUGUACGAUAUUCUUCUUGCAAUGGUGCAUCUGGGCGGCGUUCAUGGGGCUGCAUAAAAGUUUGGGCAUGGGCUGGGCUCGCAUUGGGGGCUGCGCUGAGCAGGAGUGCUGUCCUGCGCGGUGAGACUGCCUGCCUGCCUGCCUGCCCGCCUGGCCACCUCGGCCCAUGUCUGUUUUCGUCUUAUGGAGCGCUCUCUUCUCAUUCAUAGUCCUCGAAGCAGAGAACGGGGGGUACGAAUGUCCACUCCAAUGCGGCAGCGUCUCGCCGUGGACACAUUUCGUACCCAGCUACAAG